AUGACCUCGGAAAUAGCCGUUGCGUUGGCUCUACCACCUCUCCAGGCUGGUGCGAGAUCUUCUUCCUCCAUGGCGGCAUUGAUGCACUCCAACAACGAGCCCGUCGCCGUCUCCAACCCCAUCACCGGUGCCGCCACUUCCAUCGCGAGCCCGGAGCCCAUCGCUUUCCUUAAACCUCCAUCCAAACCGGAAUCCAACCUAAGCUCCAUCGCCAGCGCCAGCUUGCACGUCUCGCGAUCCCACCCGUCUCCGAUGGCGAGUCCCACCGCGGCGUCAGCGGAUCGGCCGGUUGACCACGAGAGAGAUGCCGGACAAAACAGCUCUCAAGUCGCCCGAGAGGCACUGGGCGCCAGCGAGAAAUCGCCCGGUCCCUCAAUCCAUGCGCCCGCAGUCCAUGCGUCCCCAGAACAGAUGCAAGUCGAUUCACACCCCAACGACUCAUCAUCAGACCCAUACGGAUCUGGUGAUCACAGCCAUAGCUCACUGAUGCACACCACGGUCGCCAGCCCAGGUCCCAUCGAAGAGUCCGCGUCCCAGGAUGGGGACCGGACUCGCCCACGAGAGGACUCGGACAUCCACCAAGAUAGUAACAAGGCCUUUUCGUAUCCCAUGCCCACCGGUAGCCUCAGCGACCCGCGUCGGGGCCUCAGCCUGCCCACUUCCGGCUAUAACAGAGGCAGCCCCCGCUCUCCCUCCGCGAAGAAGCAUCGCUGCCCCUAUUGCGCAACCGAAUUCACCAGGCAACACAACCUCAAGAGCCAUCUCCUCACCCACAGCCAAGAGAAACCGUUCGUGUGCCAAACCUGCCAGUCCCGCUUUCGCCGACUGCAUGACUUGAAACGCCACACCAAACUCCACACCGGAGAACGCCCGCACAUUUGCCCCAAAUGUGGACGACGAUUUGCUCGCGGCGAUGCGCUCGCACGACACAACAAAGGACAAGGUGGAUGCGCCGGUCGACGUGCAAGCAUGGGGAGCUUCCACCCGGAUGACGAUUACGGAGACGGUCAGCACCCGGACGACGAAAUGCAUGGGGUAGUCUACAUGGAGCCGGAGCGCAUGGACGAGGAGGACGAACGACGGCUCAAUAUUCCAAACAUCCGUCGGCAUGAUACCGAUCACCUCUCUCGUUCUGAUUCUCUCCACGCCGCUCGUCAACCCAGCACGUAUCCGCCGAUCGCCGCUAAUCUCGGCGACAGCCCAAAGCCGCUGUCUCCCAAUGCUUUGUCACACCACGAUCCGAGCGUACAGCCUCCCCACACACACUCACCAGGACCGGGCCAGUCCUUACCGCACCCGCAACCCUUCGCCCGAACAAGCCAGUCUUCUGCACCAAGUCAUAACCCGCCCGGAAUCGGUCUGCCGCCGCCACCGGGGGUCCCACAGCUCCCUCCUCCUGUCAUCAGCUCCGCAGAUGCACGAUUUGGCCUGCAAGCCACCGCCAAGCACACCCCCUCGCACAGCCACUCCAGCAGCCUCGGCUUACCGGCGCCUAAGGUCGGCCUUGAGGGAUCAGACCCCACGGGCGCUGGCGUCGAAAAGCUCUGGGCGUACGUGCACGACAUGCACAAGGAGUUGUCCAAUUUGCGCACCGAAGUCGCAGCUCUGCACGCGCACAUUGCAUCAACAAAUUCAUUGGCUGCGCCCGCGCCGGUUGAGAUCAAUCAGACGAACCCUGGUCCGCGACAAUGA